AUGCACCAGCGAAUCGCCACCGUCGAAGCCGGGGUUGGGGCCUUGGAUCAGAGGUUUCGAGGUAUCGAGCAACGGCUGGACCAAAUGUUGGGCGUGUUCGAGAGGUUUGCCGGAGGGGCGGCGGCGGCUGCACCAACCUUUGCCCCUUCGUUCCCCGCGGCUCCUGCUCCUGCGUCCCCCGCCGCUCCUGCUCCUGCGUUCCCCGCCCCCAGGGGGACGGGGAAGUAUUCCAACGGUAGGGGAUCUACGCCUCCGGCACCGACCCCAGCUGCCGCCUCGGCGGUAGUUUCGGGCACUUCUUCUCGUCCCGCCGCAGUCGGGGUUGACGGCCCAGGCGAAGGACUUGGGCCUGCGGCCCGGACGAAUGCGCGCCUCGAGGUUGGAGGGGUGACCGGACAGGCACCAGCUGAACGGCGAAUCCGCAGUGACGACGUCCGCCUUGCGGGUUUAUCGGGUCGCGGGGCGUCGUCAUCCUCCGCUGCACCCCUGGGAGCUCGUCCGUCUGGCGGGUUAGCUUCGAGGCCCCCAUGGAAGCCUUGACGAAGAUGCUGUCGCGACCGUGGUAGUGGAAUGCGGGUCGGGUCUGCGCCAUUAUGCCUUCGCCGUCAGGGGCGCAGCUCCCGCGCUUCCAUGGUUUGUUGCGUACGGCGGCGUGGUUGAUUGCGGAUUGUCGUGUCCAAGCAUGUGUGUGUGUUUUUUUUUCUUCGUGUCGUCGUGUGCCGUUCGUUUCUUCUCCAUGCCUCAAGUAAUCGUUGUCGGCGAGAAGGGGUCGCAUGGACUGACCGUUGUUUUCUCGUUUUCUUUUCAGCGACCACCCUCCAAUGUACCUGCUAUCGACACCACCUGUCGCUGGCGCCGGAUGCGCUUUUGUUUUUCGCGUGUUUUUUUUGCAGCUCGCUGGAAAAUGUAUUCGGGCGCGUUUUUUUUGUUGUUUUCAUCGGUGUGACCGUUUUUUUUUUCUUGUCCAGGUCGGUGAAGAGUGUUGGACUCGGGCGACAAUUGUAUUUUUAGUAUGUCUUUUCCGAUUAUUGUUGUGCCCAACUCUCGGGAAACUUUUCGUUUAUUUUCUUUUCAUUUCUUUCGAUGCAUGAU